AUGUUCCAAGGUUACACAUUUCUCAUCAUCAAGUCCCUUGACUUGGAUGACAAGGAAGCUGCUCAGCUUGAAGCAAUCUUGAACAGACACAAUGCAACCAGAGUUUACUCCAAGGAUGAAUUUGACAACUCAAUCAAUUACUUUGAUCCACCAUCAAUCACACAUAUUAUCACCCAUUCCAUUAACUUUAUCGAGUAUUCACAAGCACAAAAGUCCAUGAUCCCAAUAGUGACCCCAGGAUGGAUUUACGAUUCAGUAGAGCGAAGCAUGAUGUUACCAAUAAAGUCAUACAAUCCCAACCCUAACUACUUUUUCAGAAACUGUUUUGUUUGUUGUGCUGACAAUUUGCCUCAGGGGGAUAAAGAGCUCAUAUAUGCAGCAGUGCAAGCUUUUGGAGGCAACUACUUGGACGUGUUAUCCAAGUACACCACUCAUUUGAUAGCAAUGGAUAUGACGAAUGAAAAAUCAAUAAUUGCAUCUAGUCUCGUUCACGAUUCCAACUGCAAAGACCCUGUUAUGGAUAUCAAGAUUGUCUUGCCUCAUUGGAUAGACCAUUGCUUGGUAAUGGGAAGAAAACUCGAUGAAGAAAGUUAUGUUCUUCCAGAUUCGGAUUCUUUUGAUAUGAACGCUAGUGAUCAAGCGGGUGAGUUGUUGAAUGAAAUCAAAAAUGAUUUCAGUGCACCGAUAUUGAAUGACUCCGUGCCUAGAUCUUCUGACAGCGAAUCGUUCGCAAAAGUUGAUUACUUUCGGGGUAAGCGGUUUUACCUUUGCUCUGACUUUAACCUUUCUCAAAGACUUGCAAACUCAAUCAAAGCAUUGAUCGAGAAACUCGGUGGUGUAAUUGCCACCACCCACAAAGAGGAUAUUGAUAUCUAUCUUGGAAAAUAUCGCAGUGGUGAAGCUUACCAAAAGAGUCGUCAAAACAAACGCAUCAUCAUUGCAAAUUUGCAGUGGUUAUAUUCCAUUAUUGUUACAAAGAAAUGGGUGUUGCCAUUAAACUCAAACAUCCUCUACUACCCGAUCCCAUCCAAACAUAUUGACGAAUUUAAAAACUUGAAAAUCUCCAUUUCCAACUAUAGUGGUGACUCGAGAGCAUACUUGUCGAAAUUGAUAACUUUGAUGGGUGCAACAUUCACCAAAACAUUGACUAGAGAUAAUGAUUUUCUUGUUUGCGCCAAACCUGAAGGUAAGAAAUAUGAUGCAGCUACGUCGAAAUGGAUUGGUAUGGAUGGUAAACCAGAGGUUAAAAUAGUGAAUCACAUGUGGUUGGAAGAUUGUUUUGUUCAAUGGAUGAAACUUGAUCAUACCGAUGCCAAGUAUACAAACUUUGGCAACCUGGACUUGGGGAUGGAACCACUAGUUGGUGGAGCACAUUUGAAUAGUGAUCAUUUGGACGAACCCGAUGCAGACAAUGCAAAUGUCACUAGCAAUGUUGAUGAUAGUAUGAGCGAGGAUGAAAGUACACAAUCAAGAAAAUUGAUUCAUCCGGCACCAUUAUCCACCGCCAAGAGAGAAGUCACAUCUAGCGGUGAUUUGAUAAAGUUUGCACAGAAACCAGCCGAGGCAGAGAACGACGACGACGAUGCGAUGAGUAUAAACUCGCCACCUAAUGGCACCCCUAGUAAGUCUGACAUCAGUGCCGAAAUCAAUUCACCCAAAACACCCAAUGAUUUUGAUGAGCCUGGUGUUUUCAACUCCCGCUAUGGAGGAAGAUCAGCGGCCAAAAAAGCAGCGGCAAAAUUGCAUGACAACAUGAGUGACUUAAAUGCCUAUUUGAAAAUGUCCAAAAGCAGCAAAAAGAUGGAGAGUUACAUGAAUGAGUUAGAAAAUACAAUACAUUCUAAACGGAAACAUUUGCAGGGAACUAAUGACUCCAAAGCUGACGUUGAUAGCUCCGAUUUGAAACGCCCACGCACAGAUGAAUGUAGCAUUAUCGCCAUCAUGACCGGUUGUGAACAAGAUAUCGAAUUAUCCAAGAGCGAUUACACCAAAUUACAAUCAAUUGGUAUAAAAGUAAUCACUGAUUUGUCAAAGUACACUCCCAAUACAUUAAUUGCACCCAAAAUUCUACGAACUGAGAAAUUUUUGAGAAGCUUGAGUAAAGUUGAUCGUAUUGUUCAUCCUUCAUUCAUUAUCGAUGUGUUGGCAAAUGCUGAGAAUAACGGCGACGUUUUAAGCUUGUAUCGAAUUGAUGACUAUGCCUUGGAUAAAGUGAAUCCCUUGGCAAAUGCAGACUUGGGUGUCGAAAAUUUACAACUGUUGUUGCUGAAAAAUGACACUCGUGGGAAUCUUUUGCAAGGAAUCAGCUUGAAUCUUAGUAAAAACUUGAAUGGGGGGAUUGAUGUCAUUUCGAGAAUUUUGCAAGAUCAUGGACUUAAAGAGUUUGAGGAAGUGCCAGCUACAAUUACAAAAAAGACUCCAAUUUGUAGCUGCAGUUACAAUGGCAAGAAAGUGUCUAUAUUGAUCGCCAAUAAGACUAAAGACCUAAAACUUAUCACUAGUUUCAAAAGGAACCACACCAACGCAAUGGUUCUUAGUUGGGACUGGUGUGUGAAAUCGAUUUUUGCCAUGAAGUUACAAAAGUUUGACGAGUUCGAAUUGUAA